AUGACGGCAAAGUCGGCCAGAGGUGACCAGAAGCAAUAUUGGGCUGAAAUAGCGACCUCCAUGGAACAGGCCUCGAAAGUUCGUGACGCUCGGAAACUCGACCAACUUAUCCGCAAAGGUAAUAAUAAGCCCUGUGCACUGAGUGACUCUCUUCGCGACGCAAAUGGCGGCUUUAUUGCUGACAACUCUGCCAAAGUCGAGCGUUGGCAUGAGCACCUCGAGCACCAUCUCAACUUUGAUACCCAAUCCACCUCGUCUUUGCUCUUCUCUGCAACGGAGUUUCAUCCCGCUCCAACCUAUGCAGUGCAAUGCGGCCCACUUUCAGAAGAAGUGGCCUAUGCCAUACGAAAGCUGCGCAACAACAUGGCACCCGGAGAGGACGGUAUACGCAUUGAAGUCUACAAGUCUUGUGCCGACACUCAGGCUCCAUGA